GACCUCCGGUUGGAGUUGGCGUCACCAUGAGCAUCAUCUCCAUCGCCUCUGUCUCUGAGGUAAACAUGGACUUCACCUGCGACAUGUACUUUCGACAGAGCUGGAAAGACCCUCGGCUGCACUUUAAGCCUCGUGCAGGCAUCAGUGCACUGUUUGUCGGCGCCGAAGUGGCCAACUACAUCUGGAAUCCGGACACCUUCUUUGGCAAUGAAAAAGCGGCUCAGUUUCACGAGGUGACCACCAAUAACACCUUCAUUCGCAUUAAGGCCAAUGGCGAAGUGUUUCGCUCCACUCGACUCACCGUCACUUCUAGUUGCCCGAUGAACUUAAGAUACUUUCCCAUGGACAGACAGGAGUGCACCAUUGAAAUUGAGAGUUAUGGGUACGACGUGAAGGACAUCAUCUACAACUGGGGAAUCGACGGAAAGGCAGGUGUCAGCGUCUCGUCCAGUGUCACACUGCCGCAGUUUAGUGUUAAGCGGUACCACAACAGAUCCAUCAUUCAGUAUGAAGCCUCUGGCAACUACUCGCGACUGAUUUGUGAAGUCGAACUCGUCCGUUCCUUGGGCUACUACCUUAUACAGAUUUACAUCCCUUCCAGUCUAAUCGUCAUCAUCAGCUGGGUGUCUUUUUGGCUGCAUCGAAACGCUUCCCCUGCAAGAGUUGCCCUAGGUGUGACCACUGUGCUGACGAUGACCACUCUCAUGUCAUCUACCAACGCUGCGCUGCCAAAGAUUUCUUACGUCAAGUCGAUAGACGUCUUCCUGGGCACCUGUUUCGUCAUGGUUUUCGCCGCCCUUCUUGAGUAUGCCACCGUUGGCUACCUCGGCAAGAGGAUAGCCUUGAGAGCGGCCAAAGCGGCUCAACUUAAUAAGACGAUCAAUGCAAGGGCUGCAGCGGCGGCGGCUGCGGCAGCCUCUGCAUCCGCCACUGCUCUGCCACCUGAUCUGCAGCAGGCGAACCGAGUGCAGCCUAGGCCCUCCUGCUGCUCCAGUGAGCCACUGCUCGGACUGCAUCACCACCAACACCAUCAACAGCAUCACCUUCAGCAGCAGCAGCAGCAGCAGCCUGGACGGCCAGUGGUGGUGGACCGAGUAGCGGAGGCCACCACCGCUGUACAGCAGCAGUCAUCAGCGCCCAGUCGAAGUGCCGACAAUGUGCCGUUGAUUCCCAACUCCAACACCUUGUUCGGUGUUUGUCCUGGUGACAUUGACAAGUAUUCCCGUGUCGUCUUUCCCGUCUGCUUUCUCUGCUUCAAUCUCAUGUACUGGACGGUGUACCUUCACAUUUCUAAUUUCUUAGAGCUUGAUAUAUCACAGUGA